AUGACAACCACCGUCCCGGCAGUCUACGCUUACCCAGACAUCUCGGAUGUCGCCGCAACCGUCGCUGAUCACAUUGUGGGCAUUCAAAAUUCCGUGCUGAAAGGUGCGGACUCUGCACGCCGCUUCAAGAUUGGCAUUGCUGGCGGAUCUCUUAUUGGUGCUUUAAAAGAGGGCCUCCUCAAACGUGACGAUGUUGCGUGGAAUUUUUGGGACGUUUAUUUCGCCGACGAGCGACUUGUACCGUUCGACUCUCCCGAGUCCAACUAUGGGCAGUUCAAAAAGCAGGUCUUAGACAAUCUGCCUGAGGAUGCUUCACCCAAUGUGUUUCCUAUUGAUGAAUCGCUCAUAGAUGAUGCUCAAGAAGCCGCUGAUGACUAUGAGAAGACCCUCAUCAAAGGGUUUGCCGCCAAGGACUCUGUAAAAUUACCCAUGUUCGAUCUACUUCUUCUUGGUGUUGCCCCGGAUGGCCACAUUGCCUCCUUGUUCCCUACCCAUGAGCUACUGCGCGAGAAAUACGCCUGGGUCGCUGCCGUUGAAGAUGCCCCCAAGCCUCCACCUCGUCGAAUCACGCUCACCUUACCUGUUAUUUGCCACUCACACCGUGUUUCAUUCAUCGUGGAAGGUGCAACAAAAGCUCCUAUCGUGAAAACUAUCAUGGAGCGUCCCGAUAAGGGCCUCCCGGGGUCUUUAGUGAACGAAGGUGCGGCCGGACGUGUCGCGUGGUUUGUCGACGAUAGCGCCCUGCAGGGUGUGUUUGUCCAAAAGAAAGAAUACAAGCGCACAGCUACCGCACCGUCUACACCUUCUUCCUAA